UACACGUCCAUGACCAAGAGUUGAUAUGGAAAAAUGGGAGAUAUGGCUAUGCCUUUAUCGUGUACGUUUAUACUUUCAAUGAUGCUGACUGUUGUUACAGCAGGUUUCGACUUCCGGCUCUUCGCAGCAACGUUCUUCUUGACACGCUCCCGGUCUUUACCCCAUCUCGCGACAUUGGUGGCCUUGGGAGUAUUUGUAUCCUUAUUCAGCGCCUCCAAGGUCUUACGCUGCUUAGCCUCGUCGUACGUCGUGUUACCGGUAUAUCAUUUGUAUUUGGCGCAGUUUCCAAGUUGAUGACGAUCGCAUUGAGGGACUUGUAGUCGUUGCCUCCAGUCGCAGUUGUUGAGAUAAUUUCUUGUUGCUUUGACACAGAGGUUGCUGCGAAACUGUGGAACUGCCGGAACUGCGGAACAUUGUUCCGCAGUUUUGACCAUAAAGCCUAGUUUGGUGUAGGUGGCUUGUAGGCACGAUCUGUGCUGAAAAAAGCGGGCGGGCCGUAUAAAAACACACCUCCUUUUGUCU